AGUGGAGGAGAGAGAGAGGGAGGGAGGGAGAGAGAGGGCUGCUGCUGCUGCUGCUGCUGUCUCUCCGUGGCCGUUUUUCCGCCUCCUUUUCUUCCCCAGCUGUGGAUGUUUUUAGCGGAUGCUCUCGGCGUCUCUCGGGCGGUCGGUGAGGGAUGGUUGACAUUAUUAGCUGUGUGUUUCAAUUUUCGGCGUUAAUCUGAAAACGGAGGAGGAAGGAGAUCAUAUGUACUCGGAGUAAUGCCAGUUCCUGAUCAACCUUCUGACAGUGAAAACUCCAGUAUGUUGAGCCCAGUCCUUAACGCCUCCAACGGGGAUGGAUCUGAAACAGAGACUACCUCUGCUAUCCUGGCCUCCGUCAAGGAGCAGGAGCUGCAGUUUGAAAGACUGACCCGAGAGCUCGAAGCUGAGCGACAGAUUGUGGCCACCCAGCUGGAACGAUGCAAACUGGGAUCUGAGACUGGGAGUGUGAGCAGCAUCAGUUCUGCUGACGAGAAGUUUCGCUGGAACAAUCAAGACGGACAGAAGGAUAUAGAAGAAGAGCUCACCACCGGCCUGGAGCUCGUGGACUCCUGCAUCAGAUCUCUGCAAGAGUCUGGAAUUCUGGAUUCACAGGAAUUUGCAACAGGAGAAAGACCAGGCAUCCUGUCUCAGAGUGCUCUACAGCUCAAUAAUCAAGAGGGCAACUUCCCUUAUUCUGGUUACCAUAGCAACCAGACCCUGGCCCUGGGCGACCCGUCAGCCUCCCAGCCCCCUCCACGCAGUGGUCAGGUGGGAGGAGCCGUACACAGCUAUAAUCAGGUGACGUCUAACCGUGCCGCCCAGCUGGCGGGCGGCGAUUGCGCCCAGUCCAGAGACUCGUUUGCCCAGAGUCAUGGUAGCGCCUUCCACCUGCCUGACGUCCAGCCUGCCACCUCCAUCUACUACUCCUGCGCCACUCUGCCGGCCCAACGUGUGAGCUCCCCCCUCUCCAUGCAGGCCCUGGACUCGCCCUCCAAGCUGCAGAGGCUGGCCUCAGCCUCCGACAUGCCCAGCUACGCCACCCUGCAGCGCGUGUCCUCGCCCAAGCAGUCGCCCAGCCGCCUGGCCAAGUCCUACAGCACCAGCUCGCCCAUGAACAUGGCAGCUGGAGGGGGCUCCGCCUCUUCCCCUCUACACGCCAUGUCCGGCCAGGGCAACGUCUCCAGCUCCUCCCCCCUCCACCAGCUCAGCUCGGUUGUAGGCAGCUAUGCCACUCUGUCGCCCACUAAGCGAAUGCUGCACUCCUCCGACCAGUACAAGAUUUCCCAUGACCUGUAUGCCAACGCUACGCUGCAGAGGCCUGGCAGCCUAGCAGGUUCCAGAGGCUCGUACAGCAGCCAGCACAGUCACCUGGGUGGGGAGCUGCGCCCCCUGCAGUCCCCCGAGCACCACAUCGACCCCAUCUACGAGGACAGAGUUUAUCAGAAAGCCCCACUGAGGAACUUCAGCCAGGGCCAAGCCCCGUCCUCCCCCGGUGUUGACCCCAUCCCCUUGCAGCGCACGGGCAGCCAGAACGCCACCGGGACCUUCCCCCGCUCCGGCUACGCCACCGGACCCGGCGUCUCCGCGGCCGACUACGGCAACCCGUACCGCACUCUGCAGUUCUGCCCCUCCACGGACUCUCCCUACAGCAAGUCUGGUCCUGCUCUGCCACCCGAGGCCACGCUGGUCAGGUCGCCCUCCGUGGACAGCAUCCAGAAGGACCCCAGGUACGACCCCGAAUUCCUUGUCUGGAAUCAAAAUCAAGCCGAACAAAGAAUGACAAAGGAGUUUGGCUGGAGGGAUCCAGAGCUGCCCGAGGUGAUCCAAAUGCUGCAGCACCAGUUCCCAUCCGUGCAGUCGAACGCUGCAGCGUACCUGCAGCACCUGUGCUUCGGAGACAACAAGAUCAAAUCUGAGAUUCGGAGGCAGGGGGGCAUCCAGCUGCUGGUGGACCUGCUGGAUCACCGGAUGACAGACGUCCACCGCAGUGCCUGCGGGGCUCUGAGGAACCUGGUGUAUGGCAAAGCCAAUGAUGACAACAAAAUCGCUCUGAAGAACUGUGGAGGCAUCCCCGCCCUGGUGCGCCUGCUUCGUAAGACCACCGAUGUGGAGAUCAGAGAACUGCUCACAGGGGUGUUGUGGAACUUGUCCUCCUGUGAUGCUCUGAAGAUGCCCAUUAUCCAGGACGCUCUGGCAGUGCUCACCAACACCAUCAUUAUCCCUCACUCGGGCUGGGACUCCUCCCCUCUCCAGGACGAGCGCAAGCUGCACCUGCACUCCUCACAGGUGCUCCGCAACGCCACCGGAUGCCUUAGGAAUGUGAGCUCUGCAGGAGAAGAGGCACGUCGUAGGAUGCGGGAGUGCGAGGGACUGACAGAUGCACUGCUCUACGUUAUCCAGACCGCUCUGGGCAGCAGUGAGAUCGACAGCAAGACUAUAGAGAACUGCGUGUGCAUCUUGAGGAACCUGUCCUAUAGGCUGGCGGCUGAGACGUCUCAGGGGCAGCAGCUGGGCUCGGAGGAACUGGACGGGGUGCUGUGCACCGACGCCAGCGGGAAGGACGCUGAGAGCUCCGGCUGCUGGGGCAAGAAGAAGAAGAAAAAGAAGAGCCAUGAUCAGUGGGAUGGAGUGGGGCCUUUUCCAGACUCCGGUGAUCCACCCAAGGGCCUGCAGAUGCUCUGGCAUCCGUCCAUCGUGAAGCCAUACCUGACACUGCUGUCGGAGUGCUCCAACCCGGACACGCUGGAGGGGGCGGCCGGGGCUCUACAGAAUCUGGCAGCCGGAAGCUGGAAGGUAGGCCCCACCCCAAAACCAUGGUCGGUGUAUAUCCGAGCAGCAGUGAGGAAGGAGAAAGGUCUGCCUAUUCUUGUGGAGCUUCUGAGGAUUGAUAACGACCGUGUGGUGUGUGCGGUGGCCACAGCCCUCAGGAACAUGGCUUUGGAUGUGAGGAACAAGGAACUAAUUGGCAAGUACGCCAUGAGAGACCUGGUGCACCGGCUGCCGGGAGGGAACAAUAACAGCAGCGGCGGCAGCGUGGCAAAGAGCAUGUCCGACGACACCAUCACUGCCAUCUGCUGCGCUCUGCACGAGGUCAUUACCAAGAACAUGGAGAACACCAAGGCCCUGCGUGACGCUGGAGGCAUCGAGAAGCUCAUUGGUAUCGCACGCAGCAAAGGAGAUAAACACACGCCCAAGGUGGUGAAAGCAGCGUCUCAAGUCCUGAACAGUAUGUGGCAGUACCGGGAUCUGCGCAGCCUUUAUAAGAAGGAUGGCUAUUCUCAAUACCACUUUGUGGGUUCAUCCUCUACAAUAGAGAGAGACAGGCAAAGACCUUAUUCAUCUUCACGCACUCCCUCCAUCUCUCCUGUGCGAACUUCCCCCAAUAAUCGCUCAGCGAGUGCCCCUGCCUCCCCUCGAGAGAUGAUGAGCCUGAAGGAGAGGAAGGCGGACUACGAGUCAACUGGAACCAAUUCUGGUUACCAUAGCAACAAGGGCGAGCACACCUCCCGAAAGGACGCCAUGGCAGCGCAAAUCUCCAGUGGAACCUCCACUCUGUUCCGAGGUGCUUACGUGUCUCCCAGUGACGACCUCAAACAUAACCAGAUCUCUGCUCAAGGAAACCCUCCAGAGGCCUACCCUCCCUUCCAGACUCCCCCAGGAGCCAACUUCGAGGAGAAUUACUACGAGGACCAAGUGCACCAGCGCCCCCCGCCCGCCGCCGACGGCACCAUGCACCUGGGCCUGAAGUCCACCGGCAACUACGUGGACUUCUACUCAGCCUCCCGGCCCUACAGCGAACUCAACUACGAGACGAGUCACUACCCGGCCUCGCCCGACUCCUGGGUGUAGAGGCGGAGGGCCGGGCUGAGGACGCGCCGACACACGGAGAGAAACCAGCCCCGCAUGUGCAUGAACACUAUCGGAGACACACACUCACACUCACACACGGACAUGCCCCUUCAGUUCGGAUCGGACUGGGGAUCCCACUGAGCUAGCUGUUCAUCCACAGUGGCUGUCAGAGACAGUGUCUGAAAAAGAAGAAGAAGAAGAAGAGAUAGAAAAAUGGGAUGAUGUGGAGAAAGGCUAAGGCGUUGUUUUUAUCGGACACACAAGCCCCACGAGUGUGCGGACGGACGGUGUUCUGUCUGUCUGUGUGCUGAGGGAGCACAGGAACAUUCAGAAAGCGUUAGGGAAAGCUGUAAAUACAGGUAGGGAAAGGAGGUGAGUACGUGAAGCACAAGAAAACGAUACAUCAUUUAACACAAGCUGAGGAAAAUAGCUCUGACUCAUUUUUAGAACAUUCGUUUGAGUUCGACCUGCUUUUUAACGGAGUGCUCUUUUCACGAGGAGCUUCUCAGAGCCUUUUUAUCUUUUUUGUUCAUUCUCUUUAUUUUGUACCUCCUCUUUUUAACUUCUUAAUUCUAGUGUAAAGUAUUUGAUGUAUAUUGCAGAUGUAGAUACAUUGAAGUUACAAUGUGUAUAUUACAGGAAAAAAAAUACUGUGUCCUCACUCCUCUGUGGCUCAAAAUAUCGUUUUUCUGGUAGACCUGGGAAACGGAGGGAGGGAUACGCGGUUUAAAACGUUCUCUACUGUAGGUAUGUAAGGUAUGUGUCGGCAGCAGAAAAGGUAGGCUGUGAUUUUAGAAGCUGUAGUUUACUCAGACGUCAGGAUUUCUUCUUUAUUUCUUUUUAUUUUUAAGAACAAUUGAGACCAUAACAACGAGUGCUGAGUGCUCUACUGCCUGGCAAGAGUUUACCGGUGAACAUUUUAACCUCAUUCUGCUCAGUUUUUUAUGCUUUGUAAAGAUUCAGCGAAAUGCUUUUCUUUGUGUGUGUGUGUUUUUUUUUCCUCUUUUUUUUCUUUUUCUAAAUCACACUGAACUGAAACUGUACUGUUCCACUCGGCUCCCAGUGAUCUGUGCUCCAUUUUUGUAAAAUGUGCCAAACGUGUUUAUCCCUGAGCCAGGGGGGUACCGCCAAGCCUACGCUGAAGUUUACAGCGUAAACAUUCAGCGCCUGCGUCAUUGGUCGUAACGAUACCAGUUUGUAAAUGCUUUUUUUGUUUGUUUGUUUGUUUGUUCGUUCGUUCAUUCGUUUUUUUAACAUGUUUCAAAGGCAAAGAGCCACACACUCUACAUCAAGACUGAGGUAACGCUUGGGGGGACGCAGCCAAUCAGAGCUAAGAUCCCUCCUACAAAUGUACAAUUAGUUUACGCUGUGUUGUAAAAUAGACGACUGAACAAAUCCGUUUGUUUUAUUUCCUUUUCCUCCUCCAGAAAAUCGGUGGUUCUUAAGUUCAUCGUAGACUAAUGUCAAUAGAGUACGAAUAUAUAUUAUAUAAAUACAAAUAUAUAUAAAUAUAUAUACUUUUUAUGUGCAGAUGUGGAUGUCACCUAAUGCAGCAACAUUUAUGAAGAAAAAAAAGACAAAGACUUGUAGGAAUACAUGUAGGGUUUUGUUCACGUUAAUUUCUGAUCUAAAUUUUCACUCCAAACUGUUGCCCUCCUCUUGUCAUGUCGCCGUUGCUGUGUGAAACGGGUGAGACCAGGGCUCCAGGCACAGAGAUGGACGAUGUGUCCGAGUUUCUAACACUGAUCAGAAACGGUGCUAAAAAAAAAAAAGACAAACAAUAAAAAAAGCAAAAGAGAGAGAACCCCACGUCCACAUUUUAGUGUCAAUAUAUAAUGUUUGCCAUUUGAUGUCGCUACCUUUCUAAAUAUCAAAGCAGUUUUAAAAGUGUUUCAUACCCAGACUGAAAAUUAGCCCCGCCCCCUUCACAUUGCUAAAAAAUUAAAGAAAAAAAAAAACGACAACACUGCGAAAGCGCUGCUAGUCUGGACUUGCUUGUAGAAAAGUGACUUUGAGUUGUGAUUGCCCUUCUCUCUUAUCUCAGGACAUCUUACCUUGGCUCUCUGAGGGAGCAGCUCGGCGAACGCUCCUCCUCUCAGACUGAAAGACAGAUGCCGCGAGCAGCAGUCGAGGCCUCUGCUCGAGCUGUUACUUAAUCUGAAGUGGUUGAGGACCCUUUGAAGUGUGGCGGCAAGCCCUGGUCUUCCCUCCAUAUCAUUUUGAAUUUAGAGAUAACUCGUCAGACGAGAGGAAACGGAAUGAUAUUUCCUGAAUUCGUCUCACAUAUCUUUCAGCACUGUCAAUAGUGAACAUGGGGAAAAAAAAAUAAACAUGCAAAAUAUUUGUGGAAAAAGUAGACAUGUCUGAUGACCUGUACUGGAAAUGUAAGUACAUUUUUUUGUUGCUAGACAAAGUGUUUGAGAGACUUGUGAACCUUUUUAUUGCCAGAUUGCAACUGCUAUAAGAUAAAAACUGACUAUGGGAAAAAC